CACUACUAUAUAACAAAUAAUUUGAGAAUGUCUGAUGAUGAAGAUGAUUAUGUAUUAUUUGGCAGUAAAUUUACCAACAUCUCAACACAAGGCAAGAUAAAGCAUGUGCAGGAUGAGGUGGUUACUGACGAACAGGGAAGGAGGAGGUUUCAUGGAGCCUUCACUGGGGGUUUUUCUGCGGGCUAUUAUAAUAGUGUCGGAUCUAAAGAGGGUUUUACACCAUCGACUUUCACCUCCUCUAAAGAAAAGCGUCAAACGGCAUCAAAUAGAACUGCUGAUAUGUACAUGGAUGAGGAAGAUAUAUCAGCAUUCGGCAUCGCCCCAAAAAAUAUCGGUAAGUCGAGUGAGUAUAAUGAAGAAAAGAGCCAAUCAAAAGAUUCAAUUCUCUCAGUUAUGACUGUGGACAGGGACAGUAAGGGUGUAAAGCUUAUGAGAGCUAUGGGCUGGAAACCGGGCUUUGGAGUAGGACCUAGAAAACAGGUAGAACAGAAGGAGUCUAGUAAAGCAGCGUACAGUUGUCAACCUCCCCCUGGCUAUAGUAAGGAAGAAGGAGACGCAGAAGAGGAAGAAGAGGAAGAGGACAUGUACACGAUUGGUUUGUACCUAGCUCCUAAAGACUCAAACCAGUACAUGCUCACUGCCCAUCUCACGAACAAAGGUAUCGACUAUAUCGGAAUAUCAGGUGAAACGUCCGCCAGCUCCUCCGGUAGAGACCAAAAAGUUGCAGGGUUUUCAGGGGAAGCGUUCGGUAUCGGGGCACUGGAAGAUGGGGAUCAAUACAGUGUGUACGACAAGGACCACAAAUCUAACUACUCCACUACUAUUGAAGAAGAGGAGAGUAGAAGUGACAACUUCCACCUAACUCACAAGUUCAAGUCUACAAAGAAGGAUUAUCUUGGCAACUUUAAUGUGGGCAAGAUGGAUAAGUACUUGAGGAAGAAUUAUACUCCUCCAGCUAUACCGCCAGGGUUUAAACCCUUUCAUGUUCCUUCAACAAGCAGUAUUAAAACUCAGCCAGCAUCUAACAUUCAGGAAAGAGCUGCUAAGUUAGGUAUCACCGACUUCGACCGUCCCUCUCCAGCCUUUGCUGCUGUCCCCUUUGAUAAGUCUGAGGAGAUGUCUGAACAUGAAGGUAUUAAAGAUACGAAACCAGCACAGCCCUACGCUAUGUUCCGACCAUUUCAAAGUAAACCUGCAAAGGAGGAGCGUUACAACAAGUUCUUGAAGGGAGAAACAAUCGACUACUUCUCAAUCGGUGUGACAGAUUGGGAACGGGACCGGGAGACCGAGGAGUUCACCAAAUCCUCCAAGUUCUUCAAACCGCUGAGUUUUGAGAUGUCGAACAGGUUUGCCAGCGCAGGGACUAACGUUGAGGACGAUAAAAGACAGGAGCUGGAAAAGCAGGCAGAGAAGGAGAGGAAGGAGGCGGUGAGGAUGAAGAUGUUCGGACAGCUGACCAGGGAGACUCACCAGUGGAUUCCUGCCUCUUUGCUUUGUAGAAGAUUUGAUGUCAUGAACCCUUAUCCUGAUAUACAAAGUGUGGGUACAAUAAGAAGAUUCAGCAGGAUAGUCACUACUACUUCUGCUGCCUCAACAUCACAGGUAAAAUCUCCAGAAGAAGAAGCACGCUCAGUAUCCCAGCACCCCGACAACACCCCCUCCAUGUCACGUGACGCAACACGUGGUAAUAACAGUGUGUCACGUGACGCAACACGUGGUAAUAACAGUGUGUCACGUGACGCAACACGUGGUAAUAACAGUGUGUCACGUGACGCAACACGUGGUAAUAACAGUGUGUCACGUGGUGCUCCAGGGCCCUCAGCAGUGGCUGAAGAUGAGCGGAAGUUGGAGGAUAGGAUAGGAGAUAAUGUCGACCUCUUCAAAUCUGUCUUUGCAGAUUCGGAUAGCGAGGAAAGUGGUGACGAGGAAGAGACUCCAGGAACGUCUGAAAAGUCAGACACUCAACUUCAAAAUAUCUCUGUAAAAGAGGAGAGGGAUGAGACUAUAUCACACCAGAUACCGGUGUUGGGUCAGAACAGCCAGUCAGACAAUGUAACAUCACACGGUGUUACUGUCGCACCUGAACUAGUACCUGUAACAACACCUGUUACAUUAGCUCCCAUCAUCUUACCCAUGCCUCCCUCCAUGAUACCUUCUUUUACUCCGAUACCUUACCUACCCAACCCUGUCACACACCCUGUCACACCUGUCAUUGUACCGUUACCUCCUGCUAAUCACCCUAUCUUAUUUAACACGGACAGAUACCAGAACACUGCUGACAAAGCUACUCUCAGCAUUGACAAAGAUCUGCUGGAAAGAAUCAGAUCAAUACCUGAUCAACCUCUGAAAAAGAAGAAAAGUAAAAAAGAGAAGAAAGCGAAAAAGGAGAAGAAAGCGAAGAAGAGGAAAAAGAAAGAAAAGAAAAAGAAGAAACGAAAGAGAGAAUCUUCCAAUUCCUCCUCAGUUGAUCAGAAGUCCAGAUCUAGAAGUGAAACCAGGUCUCCUUCUCCAUCACGGGCAUUAUCACGUGACAACAGGAAGUCACGUGAUAAGAGAAGAACUCGGAGUGUCUCAAGAGACGACCGCCGAGACAAAACUCGCAGUUAUUCCAGAUCUAGGAGUCGUGAACGAAGUUUCUCUCGAUCUCACUCAAGAGACAAGCGCACACGCAGUAGAUCUAGCGAUAGGAACAGACGGAGUGGUAGAAGUUCACACAGUUCAGAUGAAAGGAGAAGGAGCAGAUCAAGGAGAAAAACUAGGAGUAGAUCAAGAAGCAGAUCAAGGAGCAGAUCAAGAAGUAGAUCUCGGGAGGUUCUCAGACGUUCCCGCUCCCGAGAAGUGUACAGAAAGCCCCACAAAUCCCGCUCCCCAAUUUCAAGAAGUAAGAAAGAGUCUGAGGACUCGCGAUCUCCUUACAGAGACGAAAUGAGUCUGAAAGUAACAGAAGUAGAACGGAGUCUGGGGGAUCAUUCUCCCACUCUCCAAGUCUUGAUCACAAAUCAGGUCGUGGACGACAAAUGAGACCGUUCAAGGACCGUGGUACGAGCAACCGUCUCUCCGCUGUCUCUAGAUUGGGGCGCAGAAUGACCGAGCCAUCUGAACAGAAUGUAAUAUCAAAUCUUCAGUCUCUAGCUCAGAGCAAGUCUGUUCCGUAUCAGUCUCCAGCUCGAAAUCAGCCUCAUCAGUCUCAGGAUCAACCUGGUCCACAUCAGUCAAAUAACACCAGACAAACACAUCCACAACGUGCACUGCCUAGAGGCUGGCAGCAGCCUCAGCAAGUUAUAGAUACACAAAAAGUGUUGUCGUCUCCUGUAUCCGCUCACAGAGUAUUACCCUCUCCAACUCCAGCAUUCCCUAAUGUCGCAUCACCUGUUGUUGCGACAAAAUCUGAACCAUCAACUUCUGCUGAAACAAAAGCUCCGACCAGUAAGGCUGACAGCUCUGUUAAGAAGAAGACUGAUUCUGGAAAUCGGCCUAAGUUUGCUCCAAAACGUGCUAGGGCUAUUGACCUUUGCGACAUAUGAAAUGGUACAAGUUUAUGUCAUGAAUGUUUUGAUAAUGUUAGCAAUCCAUUAUGCGGAUGAAAAUAGUUCAGCUUUAACAGAUUUUUACUUUUAAGAUUGCUUAUUUUUAAUCAAAGUGAAGGCCUAAUCUCAAAUCCUUGAACGUGGUUCAAUUUGCAGUUGAAUCAACAAAAUUAAGAUAAUACAAUCUUAAAGGGUUUGAAAGUAAUCUGUUCAUGCGAUGUUGACCACCUUCAGAUUACUUGAUAGUAUUUACUAUUUAACUGAAUUGUUUAAUCAUUUAUAAAUAUUAAUGGUUUAUAGAUGUAACAUAAUUUAUUCAAUGGUA